CGGGCUCGCUCCGCCCUCGGGGACACUGCAGAAGGAGCAGAUGAUCAUCCCUCAUCUGUCCCAUUAGCAAGAAAUGCCGUCGAACAAGAAUUAACUGACUCGCCGAAACCGGUCGCGUGUACUGACCAAGGAGAUUCCUUUCCUAAUCCAUCAGAGUGCCUUUUGACUGGAGACGCGGAAUCGGAUACUGAUGGUGAUGGUGGCAUAGGCCUUCUCACACAGCCAUCCGAUUCGAAACCAGAACCAUUCAAGGUGAGCAAAACCAGAAGACCACGCAAAAGACUCGGCAAUGGAAGCCGUUAA